AUGAGGAAAAUAGUCGUUUUGCUUCUCGCUUUUUACACAGUGCCGAUUUUCACGCAAUACACCUCACAGACGUAUCCUGAUCCAAGGAAUGAUCCCUUCUCGUGCAGAAUGGGUUUCCCAUCAGGCGUCUGCGAUCCAUCGUCCGUGUUGAGUGACGAGGAGAGAACGAGAUUAGCACAACGCGUUAAUCAGUUAGUCGGCGUCACGUCUUCGAUCCGAAACUCGGCUCCGUCGUGCUCGCAACGACCGGAUGCUAAUUUACAGUUGGUGGUGGCCGUUCUCGACAAAAUCGGCGCUUUUGCCGGAGCGCAAGUGGAUGUGGAGAAGUUCGCGAACAAUCUCAAGCGACGAUAUCAAAAUUAUCAGGAUAUCGGCAUUUGCGAUACGUUCGUUUUGAUCGUCAACUCGAGGCAAGAUCGACAAGUGUUCACAGUUGCUGGCCGAGAUGCGAAAAUCAGCAAGGAGACACUCAAGAGGGCUUUUGAGUCGAACAUUGGGCAUUUUAAGUCAAAUAAAUUCGCGCUGGGCUUGGAGGGGAUGGUGGAGAUGAUCACGGCGGCCUACAGUAAUGCACACAUUGUGCAAGUGCCGACGCCUGUCGAGGGUUUCGUGCAGGAGAAUCUCGAAUCCUCAAUCCCGGCCGCCUCUCAACAGUCGUUCCGAGCCUCUGCCGUGCUCACGAAGACCCAAGAGUCAUUUGAAGAACUCGUCGGACAGGUGCCCGACGAGGAUCGUGCCUGGGUGGAUAUCAUGUCGAUUGCGGUGGCACGUUGCGGAGAGAGUGGGGAUCUCAUGAAGAGCAUUCGAUCAGUGGUUGAGGAAGCGAUGGCCAUUUCCGUGAAGCUCAUCUCUGAUUCGCGUUACAACGGCAUUGAGGAAGAGGUUGAAACAAACAAGGACAUUCUCGGGAUUCGGGAUUCAGCUUGGAAAAAAGCGGCCAUUGAAUGGAUCACCCCGUUAUUCCAACGAUACAAAGAGGCUAUUCGAGCCGGCGGUGCCCAAGUUUGCCCGGCGCUCAACCCACACAAAAUUCUCACCUCUCCAAAUUUGCUCCUUCGAACUCUU